ACAUGAUCAAUGUUUUCCCCCCUCUCUCUCCCCUAGAUGUUAUUUUUCCGCAGAGAAACUGUCAGCUCGAAUGACCUCAAUACAGCAAAGUUCGCUUUUUAACGCUUUCUGAUCGCAGUUACUUACACAGUUAGGUUGUGAGGCACCACAUAGUUACAUCCACUUUAUACUGGUGGACCCAGAGCCUGUACUGGAAAAACUGGACUUGAGACGAGAAUACACCCUGUACGAGACGUCGGUCUGUCGAAGGGCAUCGUGCGCACACAUUUCCACACCUAGAGGUAUCUCGGCAACAUAAGGAUGUGUUACCUGAUUGUUAACUUCACUGAACUGAAGGCAUGACUAUUAUAUGGGUUUCAGAUUCAUAUUUGCUGUCUCUGAAUAAGGCAAUACAUUUGUGGUACACACGAAGCCAGAGGUUUGUGACUCUCUCGGUCUCACCUUUGUCUCAAAAUCCGUCUGGUCAUCUUCAUUUCAAGAGACAUCUGAGCUACCGAAUCAGAGAUAUCCAUCAUAACUGGAAGCACAGUAUCCGGAGAUUAUGUCCCUGCCGAGUUAAUUCCCUCAAGAACAAGGUUUUGCUGUACACCAGCGUUUCCAGUUUCAGCACCUCAAGCUGCCUUGGUUCCAGCGACCAGAGCUAUCGCAUGUCACGCCUCAAGAACACGUUGGAAUCUGUAUCAAAAGCUGUGAGUGGGACCCAAGCAGAGAUUUUCUCCAAGAUAGCACGGCUCAAACCCAGUGCCAGAGACAGCGGUGUCCGUGCUGAGACAGCACCUCUUCAAGAUCAGAGGAAUGGAUCAGCUUUGGCUACAUCUACGCCAGCACUUGUAUCUCAUCCUCCAUCAUCGCCUGCAACCACAACACAAAGCCCAAGCCUUCCUGAAACCUCCUCUGCCCCAGUUCAGUAUUUCCAAGCGGAAGUAAAAUCCAAAAAAUCUCAAUCUCAGACCUCUAAAACAAACGGACCAGGUACAUUCACAGCAUCGACAUCAGCUACAUCAACUCCGCUCGCCGGCUUCACAUCCUCCAGAUCGACUACACAUCUCUUUCACCCAGGUUCUUUCAGUGUCAACUUAGAUGAGACUUAUAAUUCCCUGGCGCACCACGUAAACUCUUAUUUUAGCAGCUACACUAUGGAUCAGGAAAAAAAGAAAGAUUGUUCUGACCAAUCGUCUAAUUCCAGCCACCAGAGCUCUGAAACCACUCCCAGUGAUGUGCGUGUAAAGGAACAGACACCAACUGAAGUACCUGCUCCUGUAUCAGACCCUGGUUCUGCCUUAUCACCCAAAAAAGGCCUGGGACAUUACCUGACAUACAAGCCUACCGUCCAGGCAUUUGUAGGGAACUACAUUGCCCCAUUAGUUCCAAGGUUUAGGACAGAACCAAAGCGUGCGCUACCAGAAACGGAUAAAUCUCUACCUCCUGAAGACACUGCUCCAAAACCGAAGGAUAUGAUCGAGAGUAAAGAGCAGAAAGCAGCCGAGGAAAAGGCCAGGAGACUACUGCUUCAAAGAGAGAAGAUCAUUGCCAGAGUGAGUGUGGAUAAUCGGACCCGAGCGCUGGUCCAGGCUCUGCGCAGAGCAUCAGAUGUGAGGCUUUAUAUCAGCAGGGUGGAGGAGCUGAGCUACCAUCUGCUGGAGUUCCCUGAAACCACGGUAGCAGCUGUCAAGGAGAAGGUGAUUCCAUGCUUGCUGCGCCUGAGGCAGGCUAAUGAUCCAUCUCUAAAGGCAGCAGUCAGAGAGGCCCUCACUCUGGUGGGCUACGUUGACCCGGUGAAGGGCAGAGGGAUUCGCAUUCUAUCUAUCGAUGGUGGAGGCACAAGAGGACUAGUGGCCCUUCAGACUUUACAAAAGCUGGAAGAGAUGUCAGGAAAACCAAUUUACCAGCUUUUUGAUUACAUCUGUGGUGUGAGCACGGGUGCAAUAUUAGGCUUCAUGCUGGGUGUAUAUCAUAUUUCCCUGAGUGAGUGUGAGGAGUUGUACAGAAAGCUGGGCUCUGAUGUCUUCAGGCAGAAUGUCAUUGUGGGUACCGUGAAGAUGGGCUGGAAUCACGCCUUCUAUGACAGUGAAGUCUGGGAGAAAGUUCUGAAGGAAAGAAUGGGCUCCGACCUUUUGGUUGAAACCUCAAGAAACCCUGAUUGUCCUAAGGUGGCAGCAGUGAGUACGGUAGUAAAUAAGGGCACGCCGUUAAAGGCAUACGUGUUCAGGAACUACAACUUGCCAGUAGGCGUGCGCUCCCACUACAGAGGCGGCUGCCAGCACAAGCUCUGGGAGGCCAUCCGAGCUUCAUCAGCUGCUCCUGGAUACUUCCAGGAGUUUGCACUGGGCACAGAUUUGCACCAGGAUGGUGGUUUGCUAAUAAACAAUCCGACAGCUUUGGCCAUCCAUGAGUGCCAGUGUCUGUGGCCGGGCACCCCUCUGCAGUGUGUGGUUUCUUUGGGCACAGGACGCUUCGAAUCGUCCAGCAAGAACACUGCCACUUAUACAAGCCUGAAAACCAAACUGACCCACGUCAUCAGCAGUGCAACGGAUACAGAGGAGGUGCACACCAUGCUGGAUGCCCUCCUGCCUCCCAACACCUAUUUCCGAUUUAACCCGUACAUGACCGAGGACGUCGCUCUGGACGAGAGCCGCAGCGAGAAACUGAACCAGCUGCAGGCCGAGGGAGUGAGAUACCUGGAGCGCAACGAGGAGAAGUUAAAGCAAGCCGUGCGCACGCUCACGCAGGAGAAGAGCUCGGCUCAGGGGCUGCUCGAAUGGCUCCGGCUCAAAUCGCACAUGUACGGCGACCUUCCGGUCAUUUCAAAACUUUAGAUGUCACCGAUUAACUCGAUACCACUUCCCGUGUAUAAAUUUAGCGCAGGAUUAUGGGCACAAAUGCUGAAAUUACUUUGAAACUUCUAGUAUGAAAAACACAUUUGCUAAAAAUGAUGGCAGUAUAUCUAAACAUAUGCAUUAUGUAUAAUGAUAAAAGCGCUUACUGAGAAGAUGUGCUGAUAUUUUCCAAAAAAAAAAAAAUCUGUAGCACAGCUGCUAUAUAACAGGUUUGUCAUAAUUCAGAGAAUAUUGUAUACUAAACAAACAAAUUAUACAUUUACUUUCAAAUCUAGAAAUAUAUCAAUAAUUCAGUUCAUAUAGUUGGCAACGGGUAGGAAUUUAACAUAAAUGUGCUAUAUUUGCAAAUUGAAGUUUUUGCACAGAUCUGGUUUAUGUUCUAUAUAAACGUACAUAAUGCUUUAAAUAUUUUAAUCAGAUAGCAUUGAUACUCGUGCUGUAUAGUUAAAUCCGGGGAAUUCAGUCUCCAUGGACUGAGCCUAGCCAAUUUUAUCCUUUUACACAACCAGAACAACCUCAUACACUAACAUUUGUAUUUCUUCAUAAAGAGGUUAACGAGUCGUGGUGUUUUUGUUGUUGUUUUUUUAACUGAUCACUGUGUCAUUUUGUGCCUCAGCAACUGUUGUAAUCCGUACAUGUGUUCUCACAAGCAUUUAAAGUAUUCUGUUCUUUCACCUCACUGAGUCUUAUUAUGAGUUUUAUUGUAUAGUUACUUCUUGUACUUCACUAAAAGGCAAUUGUGCAAUUGGGAUGUUAGAUAUCUUCCACCAGGACUAAUGGAGUUGAUGAGUAUUAUGUUUUAAAAUGAUUAUCGACGUUUCAAUGGAAAUUUCUUGUUAUAAUUUUGUUAGCAUUAUGGCAUAUGGUGGCUUAGUGCCUCACACCUCUGGGGUUGGGGGUUAGAGUUCCACCUGUGCAGGUUGCAUGUUCUUUAUGUGUUUUGGGGUUUCCUCUAGGUACUCCAGUCCACAGCAAGUGUUGUAGGCUGAUCGUGUAGGCUAAAGUGUCUGGGGUGUGUGUGUGUGUGUGUGUGUGUGUGUGUGUGUGUGUGUGUGAUUGAACCCUGUGAUGAGUUUCUACUUUCCACUGCCUGAAUACCCUGGGAUAGUCUCCAGGUUCCUAGUGACCCUGUGUAGGAUAAAAGUCACAGAUGUUGUUGACCGUAACUUAAUUAUUCCACUGGUUUGUAAGUUAAAGUGUGUGUAAUCUGAUCUCAUGGAUAAACCGAAUGAUGGCAUGACUGACGGCUGAUAAUAGUGCUAAAUGUUAAAGCUAACGGAAGGAACAAGAAAGUGUGCAGUGUUCAGUGUGAAAUUUGAAAGCAUUGAAACAAAACCUAACCCGCUUGGUUAUUACAAAUCAUUUACAGCGACGACGAUAUUUAUUUGCACCAAAAGCGUCUUGAGAUUUCUCAGUUUGGGGGAACAAAUUAAAGACUUGAGUACCUGAUAAAGGAAUAUACCUUACCAUACCAUACAUGAAGGACUGUACCCGUGGAUUGUAAAACCUCACUGUAUGUCUUGUUUAAAGUAAUAACGCUCACUCAUCGAAUCACGCUUCUGUAAAUCCUUGCUAAAAUCUCCUUUGUUGUUAAGCCUCAACCUUUCUGAACACUUUUCCACUUCUCUUGUGUGCCAUAGUUCUUGUCAUGUGCCCUGAUGUGUGCAAGUUGUGCUGUAUAUGUUAGUUAUAGAGCCUGACUGAAGAAGAUCAAAACCCGCUACACAGCUCCGACUGCAGCCGUGUUGACUGACAGGUUAUUCCUUCUGACCAUACUGACCCAGUGAUGCUUGUACCUGUGCUUGUACCCAUAAACCCCGAGUUGCCAUGUAAAUAACAUUCAGUGGUUAAAUCAAGGAAUUAAAAUAGAUGAAAAGUGCACUCUGUUAUGCAAGUGAUCUCACGGGGUCUAAAGGGAAGUGAUGAAUAUGGAAGAAAAAAUUUUUUUCGAUGUAACUUGAUUGCCUAUGUUGUUUAUCCUGCAUCCUUUUGCUCACAAGGAAUGAAUGAUGUAAUAAAAAAUAAC